AUGGAAGUAGUUGAGAAUAAUUUGUCAGACUCGUCCGUUUUGGCAGAAGCUAAUAGCUCUGAUUCAAAGGUAAGUUAUUAGUUUUGAGAAUAAAAAUUGUCUGAAAAUAAUUGUUUAAAUUUUUCAGGAGCAAUUGAUAGAAAAAGAAAAUGAGAAUGCAUCGUCUGAAGUCAAAGAACGACGAAUUAAUAGAAGAAUUGCAUUGGCAAUGGCUCGAGCACAAGAUUCAUCUCCACAAACUCUUUCAAAAUUACACAAAACAUCAGCCGAUAAGACAAUUGAUUUAACGAAUGAAGAUGAUGAUCCGACUCAAAAAUGGUUCAAAAAAACCUUCAAUGUUGAUGAAAAAGCGAAAAAGGUUGAGAAAAGGCAAACAGACGAGUUUCAGAAGCCUCAUACUUUACCAGCGCAUGCACCAAGAAGUUGUGAGUUACAAUUUUUAUUUGAAAUUUGAAAUAUAUAAAUGCGUUCAGUGUCAACAUCGGCGAUGCUGAAAAAGAAACUUGCUGCUGGUUUAGCUGUGAAACGAAUGAAAGGAUUAGAACAACGAAGACAAAUGUAUGAAUUGGAUAAUCAACAUUUAAAACCGGACAGCGAUGAAGAAGAUGAAUAUGAAGAAAAGACUCUGAAAAGAAAGAAGAAAGUAGUGAAGCCUGGAGAUUAUGACAGUGAAGAUGAUAGUGAUUAUGAUCCAACAAAAGGAUCUGGAGAAGAUGGUGAAGCUGAUGAUGAAUCACAUCAACAAGGAAAUCAAAUUCGCUAUCCAGCUGAUGAUGAAGUUAGUGUUAAUCUACUCAAUGAUUCCUUCACUUAUGAUGUUUUCAAAAAUGUUGGACAUCAACAUGGACCUGGAUCUACUAUUUCAACUCUUGAUGGGUAAGCACUGCUAGUUGUAAAUUUAAAAUAAUUCCUUCAUAGCGCAUCAAAAUUUUCAGACACAUCGAGAAGAAUGGAGUUUUGAAAUUACCAAAUGUUGAAGAAAUGGAAGCGCAAAUCGAAAAACCCUCAACUCUUGAAGAUGACUUCGGAGAUAUUUUGAGUUUAUGUUCCGGAAAGUUUGGAGCAACUCAAUUCGCAACACAAGUACCAACUUCUAGUAUGAAAUGUGUUGAAGAAGAAAAACCGUGAGUAAUUUUUGAAGUGGUAUCAGAAUAAGUAGAACGACGAAAACAAUUUUCGUGAUGAACAUUUUUUAGAAAUGACAAAAAUAAUCACCCGGAUUUAACAGACGUGAAAAAAUAAAAAAAAAUAGCUAUGAAAAAUUUUACUUUCAGAACCCCUCAAGUUGAAUCUCUUUCUCCAAAACAUAAUGACGACGAAGAAGAAGAGGAAGAAGAGGUUAUUGUUCCGAAAUCACAGAAAAAGCAAAAACGGAAUAUGAUCGAUUCUGAUGAUGAGAAAAACGAUGAAGAUAAGGAAAAGGAAACUGAAAAUAAUAUUGAGGAUCCUUCGGAAGUGAAUUCAAAUGAGGUUAUUGUGGAGCAAACUGAAAUUGCGAUAACAACGACUUCAAGAAUUGUAGUCAGCGAUGAAUCAUCGGAUUCAGAAAACGAAGAAGAUGAGGAAGAAAAUGUUGAAGAAGAGUUAGAAGAACCUGAAGAAGAGGAGGAACAAGAAGAAAAAGAUGAGGAAGACGAAGAAGCGCCAAAUUUCGAUGACGAAGAUGAUGAAGUUGCUGUGUUCAAACGGAUCGAAUAUCAGGAAUAUAAAACAAAAUCGAAAAAGAAAAACUUUUUCGACGAUGAAGCUUCUUUGUCUGGAGAUGAUGUCGGAAGUGAUAAUGAAGACGAAGAUCCGGAAAAUGAUUAUUAUGAAGCUGAAGAAGGUGAUGCUGAUGAUUUACCAGAUAAUGAUACAAUUCGAAAACAGAAUCAUCGACUUAUGAUGAAACAGGAAAAUGAUAAAGAACAGAGGUAAAAUAUUUAGUUGAAGAAAUCUCUUACAAGGGAACCUCUUCAGCCCGCGGUCGAGUUUUGAGCUGAAAAAAUUUUUGGGGAUACUUUGAGAUGUUCUAAUGGCCAUAUAAAAAAUUCAGCUGCUGAACUCCACUCUGAGCACAAGAAAGUGAGCUCCGAAGUUUGAACAUUUUCAAGGGCGCACGCACCAGUUUUAUUCUCUUUGAAAUUUUUACUGUAGAAAAAACAACUGGAGAAAAUAACUUCGCAAGCGAUAACUUUUGUAAAAACCGUUUCUAUGAAAAACGGAUUUAGCACGAUUGUUCAGGAGGAUCAAUAUCAUAAAAACUGGACUCAUUUCGAAAAAAAAAAUUUCGAAAAUUUUCAUCCAUCCAGAUGACCACGAUUUUCGAAGAAAAAUGCAUUUUCUCAAAAAAUUAUUUGAACUCAUUUUUCCAUAUAAUUGACCCUCAAGAACAACCCUGUAUUAUCAGAUUUUCAAAAAAUCCAUUUUUAAACAAGUUACAGUACUCCAAAGUCAUUUUCUUGAAAAAUAAAAAAAAAUUAAAAAAUGUAGAUGCGAGCAGGGGUCGAACCCCACAGCGUCGCCUCAAGCGGCUAUCCGCUUACCUGCUGCGCUUUGCUAGUUGUUUUUUCUACAGUAAAAAUUUCAAAGAGAAUAAAACUGGUGCGUGCGCCCUUGAAAAUGUUCAAACUUCGGAGCUCACUUUCUUGUGCUCAGAGUGGAGUUCAGCAGCUGAAUUUUUUAUAUGGCCAUUAGAACAUCUCAAAGUACCCCCAAAAAAAUUUUCAGCUCAAAACUCGUCCGCGAGCUGAAGAGGUUCCCUUGUUAACUGAAAAGUUGAUGUUUUCAGAGCUUUGUUGAAAUUGCAAGAUAGACUAUUGGCGGAUGGUGAUUUGGGCGGAAUUGAAACAAAUCGGCAAUUCAGGUUUAGAUUGAGAGAAGAAACUGAAGCUAAAAUUGAAGGAGGUUUGAAUUAUCUUCAAUAAAUAAAUCAAUAAAACCCGAGUGUUAUUUUCUAGAAAUGAAUAUUCUUGAUGGGGAAAAUGUGGAACAAGACGAAGAAGAAGAAGGAGAAGAGGAUGAGACGAAGAAAGCUGAAAGAGCACAGUUGCUCAAAUUCCGAAUUGAAAAAGCAGAAGAAAUAAUGGUGUUGGAUGAACCUGUUGGAAUGAAUGAUCCAUUUGCGAGAGCUGCAAAACUUGUGAAAUCAACGAAAAUUAAUAUUGAAGUGGUUGAAGGAACGGAAAUUAGUAAACCUGUGAGAAGAAUUGAGGUAUUUUAUUUUGUUUUUUUUCAAAAUGAUUUUCUUUAAAAAUUAACUUUCAGAAGCCGUCACUUCUAAAAAAGACAACAUUAGCAACGACAAUGCAAGAAGUAUUGAUUCAAAGUUAGUUUUUUUCUUUUUCAAAAAGACAGUUGUUAUAUAUAUCAUUUUUUCAGCAACAAGCGCUGCUCCCAAGCAAAUGUAUGUACAAAAACACGAAUCUGCGGAAAAUCGAAAUCAAAAACGACAAUUGCAACAAACUACACCGGAAACUUCUACGGCUAAACGAUUAAAACCCUCAAAACUAAGCAUUUUGGAAUAA